UUCACACUGACGAUCAUGGGCACUAACAAGAGAAUCGAGUGUAUAUUUUUUAGUGAAUUUCAUCCAACUCUUGGACCAAAAAUCACUUAUCAGGUUCCUGAAGAAUAUAUCUCAAGGGAGUUGUUUGAUACAGUACAAGUGUACAUUAUCACCAAACCUGAACUACAGAAUAAACUCAUUACAGUGACUGCAAUGGAUAAAAAGCUAAUCGGAUGCCCAGUGUGCAUAGAGCAUAAAAAAUACAGUCGCAAUGCUUUACUGUUCAACUUAGGUCUCGUAUGCGAUGCCCAGACGAAGACAUGUGCCCUUGAGCCCAUAGUCAAGAAACUCUCGCAUUACCUCACAACUUUGGAGCUCGAGAGUGGUUUUAUUUCGAAUGAGGAGAGUAAACAGAAGCUGUUGCCAAUUAUGUCUACAUUACUUGAGGAGCUUAAUGCAACAGGAGCUUGUACUCUUCCUAUUGAUGAGUCAAAUACAAUUCACCUCAAGCUGAUCGAGCAGAGGAAAGAUCCCAUCAUCGUACAGGAGUAUGAUGUUCCGGUCUUCACUCAAACCAAGGAACGAUAUAUUAAGUCACAGUGGGAUCUCACCACACAGCAGAUUCUUUCCUACAUUGACGGAUAUCGACACAUACAGAAGAUUUCUGCUGAGGCUGAUGUUGAAUUAAACUUAGUACGAAUUGCUAUUCAGAACUUAUUGUAUUAUGGAGUUGUAACCCUAGUGUCAAUUUUUCAGUAUUCUAAUGUAUACUGCCCAACCCCUAAAGUUCAGAGCCUAAUCGAUGACAAAGCUGUUCAGGAAGAAUGUCUGCAUUAUAUCAGUAAACCUGGACAGCGAGUGAGCCUCCGGGAUGUUUUCCAGCUUUAUUGUGGUUUGACUCCAGGAACUACAGUGCGUGACCUGUGCUCCCGCUAUGCUCAGCAACUGCAAAGAGUAGAUGAAAGGAGGCUGAUCCAGUUUGGUUUAAUGAAGGGCCUGAUUCGCCGGUUGCAGAAAUAUCCUGUUAAAGUUGUUCGAGAUGAGAGAUGUCGUCCUCCAAAACUUUAUACUGGUUGCCACAGUUAUGAUGAGAUCUGCUGCAAAACUGGAAUGAGUUAUAAGGAGCUGGAUGAGCGGUUAGAAAAUGACCCUAAUAUUGUCAUCUGCUGGAAGUGAUGGCAUAGUAAAUAUGGAUUUGUGGAUUCAUUGAUCUGAUGAUGUAGAACAGCAGAUGGAGUUGAGCUACUCAGUGGGAUCACAGCCUGAGACAUAUAAGCAGACGUGUUAAGUGGCCCACCCUCACCCAAGCCCUGACCCAAAAUCCAAGAACAUACACACAUAUGACUGGCACCCUUAGAACAGAAUGGUAAAAAGGUUAUGGUGGGGAAAAAGGUAUUUAUUACUAGCUUAAUUCCACAUUGAAAUAUAAGAGAAAUCUAAUCUUUAAAUUACAGUGUUUAAUAAAACCACAAGUGUUGGUAUUCAUUUUUUAAAGUCUGAGUGUUUAGGAACUAAAUUUUUAACAGUUUGUUUGGAAACUGUGUAACUGUGUAUUAACUAAUUUAAUUUUUUUACUUUACAAUAUGUACAGUAGAUAUUGUAGUUACUUUCUGGAGACUCACAUACACACUCUCAUUUCCCCUUUUUUUCUACCUUCCUGAUAGAAAAUUGAUGCUCUCAUUGUUAACCUUGCUGUACAGCAUAGAAAAUUUUAGUUAUGGCCUCCUCUACAGUUUAGAAAGUUUGUUUGAAGCCGUUACCUUAAAAUUUCUGGCAAAAGGCAGAAUGUUACGUUUGUUUUGUCAUAAAAUAUUCUGUUACUUCCAAGAAUAUUUAAUUCAUAUGUUUUUAUGAAUGCUGAAGAUGGUUAGUUGUAUUUCAGGACUUGCACGAAAGGUUUACAAAUGUGUCGAUAUACAGUAUGUCUAAUAAAUUUAUUAAUACAACAUAUUAGCAGUUGUAAAUAAAAUAUUGUCAGUGGGAAAGUCAAUUUUGCUUUAAUUAUUUUCAUUGCAAAAAUGGCAUCUCAGCAAGUGAAAAUAUCUUGAAUCUUGUCAUAUUUAUCUACAAUUUCCCAACAUAGGUUUACAGCAAUUCAAAUCUAAUAUUAUUUAGCCUAGUUCUAGAUAUAUAGUUUAAGCAUUUGUUUCUAGAACUAAUAGAAGAAGAAAUAUAUGCUAAAAAUGUUAGUAUUAUAUGUAAAAAAAUAGGGUUAUUCAUUGAGAAGCCAUAUGAUCAACAACACUGCCAGGUAAACUGAACCAUAUUUAUUACCAACAAUACAUCAGAACACCUAGUGCCUCACUAUGGGACAUAGCAUGCAAUGAGCACAAGGCCACCAAAUUGGCAUCCAAACUUCCCAGAUCUCAAUCCAACAGAGGCCCCAUCCCCCACCUGCUGCCCCCAAAGGAUUUUCCUGUCCUGUCCUGGUGCCAGACGCUACUGUACUGGGCCAAAGCUGACCUGGCGGCACAAGGGGAUCCCAAAACUGAGGUGUUUUUAAAGUUACUGUAAUUGU